AUGCUAGUUUCUGUCUCUUCUCUUUCGUCAAAUGUUAACAAGUCUAGUGGAGCCAAUAAAGACCCUCAGAAAGCUGUGGAGACAAGUCUCAUAAAGGCUCCACCAAGUCUUUCAAACCCUAUUCACAACAAGGAUGGGUACUUUAAAUUCUAUGGGAAGAAGGCUUAUGACAAAGAGCUGCAGAUGUUAACCUUUCAAAUAACAAUAAGGCCAUUGGAAUUAUCACCUCCCGUAAACAGAGCCUUUAUAGCCUUGAGAGGCCGGCCUGCUUUUCCUAUUCCACAGGUGCCGUUUGAGGCUGUUUUAAGGUCUACUCAUCUUCGUUCACAGGUUCAGCACUUUGACGAGCGAUUCUUGGUUGAAGAAUCGAAUCGGCUCAUUGGAUGGCCGUGUUAUCCUUUAAGAAAACAUUCAACUUUUGAUAUACAAAAGGUGCAGCCACAUGAUGGGCUCCAGCCAGCGAUUGGUAGCGAAAUCAAAUCAUCAGAUUUUGUAGAAAAGCAAACUGGAAAAGAGAACUUCGUACCUGCGAUGCAAAGUCAUGGGUCACAAAAAUGUGAAGAGCCUGUCAAGGAAGGAAUCAAAUCGAAAUCUUCUGCAGCUUCUGAAAGGAACGUGAAAGGGCCCAGGUUUUCAGCCACUAUUGUCCUUGCACUUCAAGCACCCUCCACUCAACCAGAAUUGGUUGAGGUGCAAUCCAUCUCUCAUGGCAAAAAAGUUUUCCGUAGACAAAGGGAACUUCCAUUAAAGAAAAAACCAAAGUCUUGGAAGUUGGAAAUUGAAACAAAGCAGGCAGAGAUGGAAGAAGCUGCUGAUUUAAAGUCGAAUGGAAUGGAAGAAUCUGCUGGUGUAAAGCUGAACGGAAUGGAAGAAGCGUUCAACAAUCAUGAUGCAGAAAUGGAAGAAGCUGCUGCCGUAAAGCCAGACAGAAGUAGUCAGACAAGCACACGCACCAAUAGUGUGUUGAACUCUGAAUCAUCAAACUCAAGCACUUAUGAUUCAAAUGGGCUUCGAAAAGAUGAUGAUAAGUUGAUGGAGACAGCUACUCUGCAUGAUGAAGAGCUGAACAGAAAACGGGGAAGACCGCAGAAGGAUUCAGCAUGGACUGAAGCUAAUGCAGAGGAUUGCAAGGCUGCAUUGUUUGAUGAAAUGCCCAUGAGAGAUACCGUGUCAUGGAAUAUAAUGAUGUCUGGGUUUUUAAAGGAGAGGAGUUUUGAUGCAGGUUUUGGGUUCUUUAAACAAAUGCAAAGUUUGAGUUUUUAUAGGUUAGAUCAAGCAACUUUUACUACCUUUUUAUCAGCUUCAUCCAUGGCCGGGGAACUAGACCAAGAAUCCAAAAUGAUUCAACUUCAAUACCCAACAGAUCCAAAUGCAUACAAAAUCUUAGAAGAGAUUGGUGGUGGUGGUGGUGCUAAAUUUGUGUGCACUGUUUGUUUGUUUUUGUGGUGGAUUUGCAUAGCAAAAGGGAACGGUGCUUGUGGUAUAGCUUCAGCUUUUAGUGAAGGUGCUGUCAUGGAUCCUCGUGGAAAUGUAUCUGUGGGUGCAUCUAUCACUGCAGCUGACGAUUCUCCUUCACGGCCUUCUUCUUCUGGUGAAUUUGCAUUCGGGUUUCGCAAGGGAUCAAAGGUACAGCUGACUGCCGAUGGUGGACUGGUGCUUGCUGAUCCUCAAGGCAACCCAAUGUGGACAUCUGGUAUCAGUCUAGGUGCAGUUUCGUCAGGUGCUAUGAAUGACACCGGCAUAUUGGUGCUUCAAAAUAGAAAUUCUGACAGGCUGUGGGAGAGUUUCCACCAUCCUACAGAUACGUUGUUGCCAACUCAGAUUAUGGAGACCGAAGAGGUGGUUUCUUCUCGAAGGACAGAGACCAACUUUUCAACGGGGAGGUUCCAGCUCUAUUUUCAGCCCGAUGGAAAUCUUGUGCUCAAUUCCAUAAAUUUGCCAACAAAAAUUCGUUAUAAUCCUCCAUUCUACGCAACUGGAACUAAUGAUGCUUCAAAUUCAUCAAAUUCUGGCUAUCAAUUGAUCUUCAACGAGGCAACUCUCAAUUUUGAAGGUGUUUUCACUCAAUAUGUAUACCCGAAAACAUCCACUCCUAACAGAAGUUGGUCGCCUAAUGACGAGCGUGGAAACUGCAUACCAGAUUUCAAACUAAGCUGCAAAGAUGACGGACAGAAUUCCACAGAAGGUAUGUAUGAUUUUGUGGAGCUAAGAAAUGUUGAUUAUCCAUCAUCUGAUGCUGAGCAUUUAAAGCCUCAUAAUGAAGAACAGUGCAGAAAAGCUUGCUUAAAUGACUGUCUGUGUGCUGCUGUCAUCUUUUCAGGCAACAACUGCUGGAAGAAGAAGUUACCAGUUUCGAAUGGAAGACGUGACAGCACUUUUAAUGGGAAGACUUUAAUCAAAUUUCGGAAAGGUUACAUCCCGUCGGUGGCUCCUGGUCUUCAGAUUCCUGAAACAAAGUCAAAAUGGGAUAUUAAGGUCGUCACAGGAAUAGUGCUCUGGGGUAGUUCUGUAUUUGUGAACUGUAUAUUUGUUGGUAUAUUCAGUCUCUGUUCCUCCUUCACUUAUCGCAACAAUGCAGUAAAUGUUCGGGAAGGAAACAAUGUGGAGACAAACUUGGGUUCGUUUACAUACAAGGAGCUCACUAAAGCUACAGAAGACUUCAAGGAUAAAUUGGGGAGAGGAGCUUUUGGCGUUGUUUACAAGGGUGCGAUACAAACAGGUUUUACUAAUUUUAUUGCAGUGAAGAAGUUAGACGGAGUGGCUCGAGAUGGUGAGAAGGAGUUCAAAGCUGAAGUGAAUGUGAUCGGCCAGACGCAUCACAAGAAUUUGAGCGAAACCAAAACUGCCAUUCGAGAAACAAAAGGAUAUGUUGCUCCUGAAUGGUUCAGGAGCAUACCAGUCAAUGUGAAGGUCGAUGUCUAUAGCUUCGGUGUCAUGCUGCUAGAGAUCAUCUGUUUUGUCGAAGAAGCGCAUGGAGCGCUGGACGCUUUGAUUGAAGAUGACAUCGAGGCUAUGACUGAGGAAUCGACACUAGAGAGGCUGUUGAAGGUUGCGAUUUGGUGCAUUCAAGAGAAUCCAUCUCUUAGACCCACCAUGAGGAAGGUGACACGGAUGCUUGAAGGACUUGUUGAAGUGCCUGUUCUCCCACAUCCAUACCCAUUUAGUGAAGUUAGCAGCAAAACAAUCGAUGAUAGUCUUUAUUUCAACUAG